CUCGUGUCAGUUGCUAAUCCCAACAUCUAGCGAAAACUCGGUCCGUGGUCACAAAAAUGCUAGAGACAUCAGAAGAUCUAAAGAACACACACACUAGACUAGCAAGCAAAGGGUACACAAGCCCGAGGAGGUACACCUACAAUCCCUGCAGCACGUUUGCGUGCUCACAACUGAACUACACGCCCACACACUACAAUUCGACUGCAGCAGCAGCAUAAACCCCCUUGUCCCGCAUUUAACCAAAAUGAAUGUUUGUCGACUACAGCGUACUGCUGUCUGAAGUGCUGUCUGUACAAUAAUAACACCAUGGUGUAUGCAUGGUACAUAAACUCGGGGCAUGCAGCUGCUGUCUGAAGAGCUGUCAGAAUGAGUCCGUGGAUAUACAAUGAAGAAGAACGCCCAACCAAAGCCAUCAUUGAAAUUUACAAUCACCCGAAUCUAUCCAGAUCAUCUGUGUUAGGCACAGCAGUGUAAACAUCGACACUGACGAGGAAUCGUUCCACACAUUGAAGGGGUCUUCCACGAUGCAGAUGAAGACGCACCUGCACCGCCAGCGCCACCAGGCGCUUUCGCUUUCACCCAUGUCUGUUGCUAAGACGGUUUCUUACGGGCCUGUACGGCGCCACCACGCGAUUGCCUACGCUGCCUGUCUUCCAACUCAACAGCGCGCUACUCGAUCGCAACAUUUCAAGCAAUCUCAAAGACUAGCUUAGGGUUACUGUUUCAGCUACCUUGCAUGUGGAGCUUGCUUUCCACCUUGACCUUUCGCUCGGGCGGAGCCAACCCAGCCACAACUGCUUCCCUGAUUGAUGACAGCAGCCGGACCUUUCUUGAACAUGCCCGCGGAGUCGCGGAAAACGCGUUCAGCACAAGGAUUUUCGAGUUAGUGCUCGAGGCGGCUUUGAACAGCGUCGAUCCGAUCGAUAGCAGUAGCCUCAGUUCCCAUGGCUACCAAACGAGUCACCGCAGCGGCCGCAAUCGAACACUCAAUGGUAUCGUCCGUCCAGCAUUCAGCAUGUUUGGCCAGAGCCUCACGCAGGUCAGUUUCUUGGGGUUCGGUGCCAUCAAAGUAUGUGCGCGACAGGCAUUUGGGGAUAGACUGGCCCAGCAAUUGAGACACAGUGAGCAGCGGGCGUUUGGUGGACUGCCCACGGUUGCAGAGACCUAUGCUCCACUCGUAUUCGUUGUACAGCGUAUAGAACCGCAAGAACGAAGCUCUCGACAAAGUGCGUCAUACUCGGGCGGUUUGGGCCCAUUGCCCAAGACCAAAUCGGUAAGCCCACCCUGAAUCUCAUCAACCUCUUCAGCAGAACCUUGCUGUUCGCCAAACGCCCCUAUGCCGGCAUUGGAGCGUCUCUGGGCCAUCGCGCCGUCGGAUGCCCGGGCAGAUGAAGACAGCAGCUCCCCCAGCCUAGCCUUGCACUGUGUGCGGCGGGAAAAACACGGAGAAAAUAGCUUGUACUGCUGCUGUCAAGAAAAAAAUUGACUCUGACUGACUCUGGUCGGUCAGUCUGAGGUAUCGAUAACUGCAGGAACGCCUGAAGUCAGGCAGAGCCCAGGGCCAGCGUCUUUCCCCAGUGGCCUCGGGGGGCUGGUCGGUUCAUCUCCUGAGUGAU